AUGAAGUGGGCCGACGUAUACCACGCCUACCAAGUGAUUAAAGCUCACGGCAUUCCCGAUGAGAACAUUGUAGUCAUGCAUUACGACGACAUCGCUCAGCACCCAAAUAAUCCCGAUAAGGGAAUUGUGGUGAACCGAGUGGGCGGACCCGAUGUCUACAAAGGCGUACCCAAACACUAUAUUGGCAAAGAAGUCACUCCCCAGAACUUUUUGAAAGUUCUGCAAGGUGAUGCCACGCUUAAAGCGCAGGGUAAAAAAGUGAUUGAGAGCGGUCCCAACGAUCGUGUGUUUGUCUAUUUGGACGAUCAUGGUGCUGAUGAGAUUGUUGCAUUCCCAAAUGGCGAUUUGCUUCACGCCAAGGACCUGAACCAGGCGUUCAAAGACAUGAACACUAAAAAACAGUUCAAUCACCUGGUGUUUUAUUUGGCCGCUUGCGAAGCUGGUUCAAUGUUUGCCAAAUUGUUGCCCAACGACAUUAAUGUGUACGCCGUGUCGGCCACUAAGCCCGAUGAGCUCGGCUGGAAAGCCAACUCCGAAUGGAAAAAAUACAACACCUGGCUCGCUGUAUAUUUCGCGGUGACCUGGCUCGAAAACAGCGAGACCGCCGAUCUGACCAAAGAGAGUGUUGAGACACAGUUCCAGUACAUUAAGGAGCGCAACAAUUUCACCAUGGACGGUGAGUUGCACUGGCAACACGCCCAGGAGUAUGGAGAUUUGACCAUCGCCAAUAAGGCCCACGUUAGCGAGUAUAUGGGUGAUAAAAAAGUCCAAUUUGAUGCCGCUACCGUCGCGCCCACUGGAUUUUCCCUAUCACGUGAUGCGGCCAUAAAUAUCGUCCGCAAACAGAUUGAAACCACCGAUGAUUUCGCGGCGAAACAACAGUAA